UUUCUGAUUUCUGCUGUCUGCACUGAGCACAGCGGCACCAAGCUGAGCUAAGCAGGGCCGCCCUGGGCAGGCCUACCUGGUGGUGCAGUUUCAGUUUCCAUUUCGGGUCUCUGAGCUGAGCACAGUGGCACCAGGCUGAGUUAAGUGGGACUGCCCUGGGCCGACUUACCGACUAGAGCAGAAUGGAGCUGCGGCCCUACCAGUGGGAGGUGAUUACGCCUGCCCUGGCGGGCAAGAAUAUCAUCAUCUGGCUGCCCACGGGGGCUGGGAAGACCCGGGCGGCUGCUUAUGUGGCCAAGCGGCACCUAGAGACUGUGGAUGGAGCCAAGGUGGUUGUAUUGGUCAACAGGGUGCACCUGGUGACCCAGCAUGGUGAAGAGUUCAGGCGCGUGCUGGAUGGACGCUGGACCAUGACAACACUGAGUGGGGACAUGGGGCCACGUGCUGGCUUUGGCCACCUGGCCCGGUGCCAUGACCUGCUCAUCUGCACAGCAGAGCUUCUGCAGAUGGCACUGACCAGCCCCGAGGAGGAGGAGCACGUGGAGCUCACUGCCUUCUCCCUGAUUGUGGUGGAUGAGUGCCACCACACGCACAAGGACACUGUCUACAAUGUCAUCAUGAGCCGGUACCUAGAACUUAAACUCCAGAGGGCACGGCCCCUACCCCAGGUGCUGGGUCUCACAGCCUCCCCAGGCACUGGCGGGGCCUCCAAGCUCGAUGGGGCCAUCGACCACGUCCUGCAGCUCUGUGCCAACUUGGACACGUGGUGCAUCAUGUCACCCCAGAACUAUCGCCCCCGGCUGCAGGAGCACAGCCAACAGCCUUGCAAACAGUACAACCUCUGCCACAGGCGCAGCCAGGAUCCGUUUGGGGACUUGCUGAAGAAGCUCAUGGACCAAGUCCACGACCACCUGGAGAUGCCUGAGUUGAGCCGGAACUUUGGGACGCAGAUGUAUGAGCAGCAGGUGGUGAAGCUGAGCGAGGCUGCGGCUUUGGCCCUGCUCCAGGAGCAGCGAGUGUACGCACUUCACCUGAGGCGCUACAAUGACGCGCUGCUCAUCCAUGAUACUGUCCGCGCUGUGGAUGCCCUGGCUGCGCUGCAGGAUUUCUAUCACAGGGAGCACGUCACUAAAACCCGGAUCCUGUGUGCCGAGCGCCGGCUGCUGGCCCUGUUCGAUGACCAUAAGAAUGUGCUGGCCCACCUGGCAACUCAUGGCCCGGAGAAUCCAAAACUGGAGAUGUUGGAAAAGAUCCUGCAAAGGCAGUUCAGGAGCUCUGACAGCCCCCGGGGUAUCAUCUUCACCCGCACCCGCCAGAGCGCACACUCCCUCCUGCUCUGGCUUCAGCAGCAGCCGGGCCUGCAGACCGUGGACAUUCGGGCCCAGCUACUGACUGGGGCUGGGAACAGCAGCCAGAGCACCCACAUGACCCAGAGGGACCAGCAAGAAGUAAUCCGGAAGUUCCGAGAUGGAACCCUGAACCUUCUGGUGGCCACGAGCGUGGCAGAGGAGGGGCUGGACAUCCCACAGUGCAACGUGGUGGUGCGCUAUGGGCUCCUGACCAAUGAAAUCUCCAUGGUCCAGGCCAGGGGCCGUGCCCGGGCCGAUCAGAGUGUGUACUCGUUUGUAGCAACUGAGGGUAGCCGGGAGCUGAAGCGGGAGCUGAUCAACGAGGCGCUGGAGACGCUGAUGGAGCAGGCAGUGGCUGCUGUGCAGAAGAUGGACCAGGCCGAGUACCAGGCCAAGAUCCGGGAUCUGCAGCAGGCAGCCCUGACCAAGCGGGCGGCCCAGGCAGCCCAGCGGGAGAGCCAGCGGCGGCAGUUCCCAGUGGAGCACGUGCAGCUACUCUGCAUCAACUGCAUGGUGGCUGUGGGCCAUGGCAGCGACCUACGGAAGGUGGAGGGCACCCAUCAUGUCAACGUGAACCCCAACUUCUCGAUCUACUAUAACAUCUCCAGGGAUCCUGUGGUCAUCGACAAAGUCUUCAAGGACUGGAAACCUGGGGGUGUCAUCAGCUGCAGGAACUGUGGGGAGAUCUGGGGACUGCAGAUGAUCUACAAGUCAGUGAAGCUGCCAGCGCUGAAAGUCCGCAGCAUGCUGCUGGAGACCCCUCAAGGGCGGAUCCAGGCCAAAAAGUGGUCCCGCGUGCCCUUCUCCGUGCCUGACUUUGACUUCCUGCAGCAUUGUGCCCAGAACCUUUCCGACCUCUCCCUGGACUGAGCACCUCGUUGCUGCAGUACCCGGUUCGGGCUCUAGGGGGCGGGAGAGUCCGCAGCAGCCGUCAUCUUUCCCGGGACACAGCCUGGUCCAGGCCCCUCCUUCCUGAAUCACCAGCUGUGGGCAUCAGGCCCACCAGCCACAGAGGAGUCCUGGGCUCCCUGGCUUAGGCUCCCGCAACGGGGAAACAACUGGAGGGUCAGAGCUCAGCCCAGACCUACCUUGCACGCACAUAGACACUUUCAUAUGCACUGGAUGGAGUUAGGGAAACUGAGGCAAAAUAAUUUGCUGUACUGUACUCAGAAUCACGACAUUCCUUCCCUACCAAGGCCACUUCUCUUUUUUGAGGCUCCUCACAAAAAUAAAUGAAAAAAUGGGAUAGAAAA